UUGGUAACAGUCAUUUUAAUGCGCUGACAGAUGAGUGACAUACAUAAAUGUGAUAAUUGGUAUUAAAUUAAUAUGUGAGGACAGUCGGCUUAUUCGAUGAUGUCGAAAUGUUACUGAAAUAUGAUGGAAUAAUAAUCACUAUGAACGGAAAAAUAGAAGUACGGGUCAUAUCAAAGGUCAACUCAACAUAAUAUAAUUUUCUUUUAAAAUUUUAAACAUUUACUGUGUUCGGAAGGACGUAGUUAUUUUAAAAUGGUAUCUGAAAUUAAAGAUAUUGUUAGGAAUGCCGAUGCAUUUUGUUUUGAUGUUGAUUCUACUGUUAUUCAAGAAGAAGGCAUUGAUGAAUUGGCUAAAUUUUGCAACAAAGGUGACGAGGUAUCAAAAUUAACUUCUAAAGCCAUGGGGGGUGGUAUGACAUUUGAAGAAUCGUUAAAAAUACGCCUAGGAAUAAUAAAACCUAGUGUAUCACAAAUCAAGGAAUUUUUGAAUGUAAAACCACCAAAUUUAACUCCUGGUAUAAGAACAUUGGUUCAUUUGUUGCAGGGUAAAGGUAUACCGGUAUUUUUAAUUUCUGGUGGUUUUAAAUGUAUAAUUGCACCUAUUGCCAGUCAACUCGGUAUUCCUACCCAUAAUAUAUAUGCAAAUAGACUGAAGUUCUAUUUUUCAGGUGAAUAUGCUGGAUUCGAUGAAACUGAACCAACAUCAAGAAGUGGAGGAAAAGCUGUAGUAAUAGAUAAUUUAAAAACUACAUAUAAUUUUAAAAAUGUUGUAUUAGUAGGUGAUGGAGCAACAGACCUUGAAGCUUCUCCACCUGCAGAUGCAUUUAUAGGUUAUGGCGGCAAUGUUAUAAGACCAAAUGUAAAGGCUAAAGCUAAAUGGUUUGUUACUGAUUUCAAUGAAAUCAUAGAUGUUAUCAGCUAAUAUUUAUAUAAUAAAUUGUGAAUAGUUACUACCAAAAUAUAGUAAAUUUUUAUCAGAA